AUGCGAACUAUCCUUUUUAAAGACCCAUAAAUAUUGAGCCAUUCUAUUGAAAAAAUGGGCAAUUAUCUUGACCUAUUUGAAAAUUAAUUACAAAUAAGCAAAGAAUCAAUUUUAUCUAUAUUGACAGCAUAUCCUUUAUUAAUGAGAAAUUUUGAAGUUAACUAUGAAAAGUUUAGAAAUGUUUUUAAUACAUAUGCACAUGUAAAUGACAAACAAUUUGGAUAAAUAUUGGUGAAUACUCCCUUCUUAUUUUCAUUCAAUCUUGAAAGAAUACCACCUAAUUUUAGAGUUAUGUAUAAUAGAGAGUAUAUAACCAAGGAAAUCUAAGAAUUGGUAAUUAUUCAUUAUGAUUUGUUAGGUUCAAAAAACUGCAGAGUUUUUAGCCCUUAAAAAUCACGAUUUAGAUAGAUUAUUGAAUCAUUAUGAUGUUUUAAUUCCAAAUAAGGAGGUUUAGCAUUAAUUAUUAAUUAACAAUCAUAAAUUAUUACUCUUAAAACCAGCAUAUAUGUUAAGUCCAAAGAUCAAUUUAUUCAAAGAAAUUUGGUUAUCAGUUAAUUAAAUAGGAUAGAUUUUAUAAAUAUGUCAAAACUUAUUUUUGAAGAGUGUAUGA